UGGUCGGGUUUGGUCACUGUUGAUACAGAGACAGCAUGAGACAGUUCUCUGCUCGGAUCAUGCAAGCAUGGGGAUAUUUGGAGGAGAAGACAGUUUGACAGCUAACUCAAAGAAAAGAGAAAUGUGGAAAACCCUAACACUCUCCCUGCUGGUUGCACUGGCACUCUUCACAGAGGUGGCCCACUGUCAGGAUACGGAGUCCCUGGCGGUCACUGAAAAAACAAUGCCACGACAGGAGAAUUUUACUAACAUGGAUUUGGCCGACUUACUUGGACAGUCGAGACGGCAGAUCCUGGCUGCUCAGUUUGAAUGCUACUUGAAAAUAAUCCACGAUCCAGUAACAGAAGGAGGCCCUUAUUGUAACCGUACAUGGGAUGGCUGGCUAUGUUGGGAAGAUUCAGCUCCAGGAACUGUCAUGCAGAUGUGUCCAGCAUAUUUUAUGGACUUUGACCCUACUGAGAGGGUUACCAAAGUCUGUAAUCCUGAUGGCCAGUGGUUCCAUCACCCAGAGAGCAAGAGAAUCUGGUCUAACUACACCAUGUGUUCUGCACACACUAACCACAAACUCAAGCUUGCCAUCAGUGUCUACUACAUGGCCAUGGUGGGUCAUAGUCUUUCCAUUGUGUCCUUAGUCAUCAGUCUGACCAUCUUCUCCUACUUCAAAAGCCUUAGCUGCCAGAGAAUCUCCCUUCAUAAGAACAUGUUUCUUUCCUUCAUCUUAAACUCAAUUGUUACUAUGAUAUGGCUCACAUUCAGCAUAGUCAAUAACCAGGGCACAGACACCAGCAACUCUGUGAACUGUAAGAUCCUGGCUGUGCUGACUCAGUAUACCUCUACUUCCACCUACUUCUGGAUGCUGUGUGAAGGCAUCUACCUCCACACACUCAUCAUAGUGGCCGUCUUUGUUGGGGAACAGCAGCUCUUCUGGUACUACAUCCUGGGGUGGGGUUUUCCCAUCAUUCCUGCUGUCACAUACGCUGUGGCUCGUGGGCUUUUCCAUAACGACCCGUGCUGGAUGAGCAUACACACUCAGCUGCCCUACAUCAUACACGCCCCCAUUCAUGUUGCACUCAUUGUGAACUUUUUCUUUCUCCUGAAUAUCGUCCGGGUUCUGAUAACCAAACUGAAAGAGACACACUGUGCUGAGUCCACGGCCUACAUGAAAGCAGUGAGAGCCACGCUCAUCCUCAUCCCUCUGCUGGGAAUCCAGUAUAUCCUCAUGCCUUGGGCGCCGGAUGGACGCAUUAGCCACGCUGUCUAUGAGUUCUUUGUUAACAUCUUCACUCACUUCCAGGGACUCCUGGUGGCAUCUAUUUUCUGUUUCUGCAAUGCUGAGGCUCAAACAGCAGUGCGGAGGAAGUGGUUUCAGUGUAAAUCUGCCUGGGGCAAAACCGGCUGGGGUGAAACACCUCUCACCAACAACCACUUUAACUACCACACCAACUCUUCCAUCACCGAAACCAGCCGCAUCACCACGAACGUAGAGCCGCCUGCCAAUGCACCUUCGGAAAAAAAGGACUCGAUCUCCGUGGUGCCGCAAAACGCCAGCAGGAAGAAGAGCAAUGCAUGCACCAACGGGGAGAUAAGCAACAUGCUGGAGACCACUCAAAUCUGAUUGGAUAAAACACAGAGGUGACGGUUUUAGUGCCAUAUACACACACACACACACACACACACAACACACACUGAAAAAAACAGGGACUGACGGAGAGUUUUCACAAUAAAUGUUAGGUUUUGUAUGUAUGUACAUAAUGUCUGGAGAGCGAUUUAAAAGCAUGUAAUGUGUAGCACAUUUCUACGCUUACGUUUUUGGACUUUUAGGAACUGAUGAAAAAAACAAGUGUUUAUCAUCGUCGUUCAUCAUAUCCAGUAAUAUCCAGUAAUCGUAUUGUAACGUUUUGUUAUGUUGCUGCAGUCAAGUCAAGUUUCAGUUGUUGUUUGUUUUUUGUAGUUUUCAUCAAAAUAGAGAAAGAUGACAAUCCUGACGCUGUAUCUUAGAUGCAGUUAGGAAAAUAGAUUUUUGGACAAUGAGACAUCUCUACACCACCAAACACGAUCUACAGCAAAUCAAACAAUCAAGAUGCGAUUAAUAAAAGUAUUGCAUUAGCUGUUUAGGAAUUUCAGCCAUUUUAUUACAUUGUCCCCUAUUUUCUUUAAGUAAUUGGAUAAACCAAUUACUUUAAAUUUUAAUUUUAAUUGAACAGUUUUUUAAGAUUUGGAUGAAAAUCCUUUUGGAGAAAAACUAUGGAUAUCAUCAAUGGUGCAUUUCCUUUGAGAUGCUCUGCCAGGUCUUAACCACAGCCACAUUCAGUUGCUGCUUGUUUGUGGAUUUCCCUGCCUCUAGUUUUGUAUUUAGUAACUGAAAAGCAUGCUUUAUUAGACUGAGAUGAGGUGACUAGCUUGAUUGUAGACUUUAAAAUUAUACAGCUACCUCCCUGAGAGCGUUCUUGGGUUAGCUAAAUUCAAAGGGUCUUGCUAAACAAGGAAAGAAUAUGCAAUCAUCUUCUUUAAGUUGCCUUUUGUGGGCUUCCAGAUCUUCUAGUGCUGUUAAUGGUCAGCACUACAUUUUCUACUAAAUGUAGUAGAUUGUUGAUUUGGCCACUUGAAAAGCUUUUGCUAUCUGUCUGAUAGGUUUAUUUUUUUGGGAAUGAUUUCCUCUUUCACUUUCAUGGACACCUUGCGGGACCUCAUAUUGAGAGUUCCAGCAACUGCAAUCAAUCUAGAUAUUUUAUCUGGAGCCUUAUUUAAGCCUCUGAUAACUGUGUAUGAAAACAUUGCUCAUUUCUAAACAGUUAAUGCAUAUUUUCAGGUGAGUGUUUGUGUCAUUAGUUGCCCCAUAGAGCCGCCAAAUGCUUAACUGUAUAUCAGAGUGACCAAGUGAAUGUCGUAGCCCACAGAUGUGAUUUUUUUUUUUUUACAAACUUUUAUUUAAGAAAGAUAAAAACACCUCAUGUUGUCUUGAAAGCCAGCAUCCUCAUUUAAGUUGUUUCACAUAUUAAAUUUCACACCACAGUGAAUCCUAUAAUAGAGCUGGAAUUUAUUACCAGAGGGAGUGCUGUGCCCAGAGAGUUUGGAAAAUACACUGUUAUAGAACUAAUCUGCCUUAUACAAAAUGCAAAAAAAGGCAAAAUGCUGUAAUAUUUAGUUUGAGUUGGUUUUUACUGUAACAAUGAAAAAAAAAUAAGAAUAAGAUGUUAAUUUUUAUUUUUCAAAACCAAAUGAUACAGAAAGGCAGCUAACUAGACAUGUAAAUCUAAAAAUUAUAUCCAAAGUUUAAGCUAGCUGGCCCAAUAGCUGCAGCUGGAUAAUCUGAAACUUAAACCCUACUUAUUCUUUAGCAUUUUGUCAAAAAAUACCAAUUUUGGUAAAUGGAAGUGGCGUUAUGGUACUUCAUCACCUAAGUAAAUGACACAAGCAAACCCACUGAGGUGAAAAGCUGAACCAAGUUAGAUUUUAGCAAAAGGUGAAGCUAGCAACUGCUAUGCUAGCUGUUUCUUACACAAUGUAAUUAAGUUAGUUCAGUUCAAGAGAAUGUAAGGUAAAGAUUAAACAAUAUUGUGUGUGUUGUGGUUUAACUAGACUUGUCGUAGCUAGUUAUAGUUUGGAGUUUUAUCCCUUAACUUCAAUCUGUAACUGAGCAGCCAGAAUGUUGGGGUUUUUGGACAGUCAGCAAAAGAGAUAAAAUACAGGAGUGGUAUUUUAUUUUUCGAAACUUUAUUUACAUAUUAUCCAAACUAUAUUUACAUAUGCAAAAAAAUAUUUCUUUUGCUCGUCUUUUCUCAUUGUCUCUUGCUGAGCUCCGGUUUCAGUUUCUCUACAAUGAGAUUAAUAAGAACUAGAACGGCUCAACUAGGUUGGCUCAAAACUCUGAGGCUGAGGUUUAAGUACAGGAAAUGCUCAGAAAAGUUCCAUAAAUAGUGUGUGCACUAGACCCUGACCAAUUUAUCGGCAGACCAAUACUAUCAGCCAAUCUCAGCCAAUCUAUUGGUACUGAAGACAUUAAAUAUGGUUGAUAAUUCAAAUUUGUAAAAGAAAACAAGAUGGGAGGGCUACCCUUCAAUUAUGCCAUGAAUGUUGAUGAUGAAUAUUUUGUCCACAAGGGGGCACUCUGCAACUUCCCUGUUGGUAACACACCUGUUUGGAAUGAAGCAAACACAACAACCAGCUGGGCAGAGCAUAUAAAAGUAAAUAAAUAGCUACACAUAACAAAAUAUAAGGAAAAUCUAUUCAUGUUUCAUGUGUUUAAAGGGGGAAAAAAGGAAUGUCGAACUUUAAACCACCAAUUGUUGGUAUCAGACGAUUUGUUUCUUCACAAAUUCCCCACUACUUUCUUGUGAACAAUGUAUGAAAAAAAUGCACUUAUUAAUGUCUGCCAUUAAUGUUUCUUUUAUUACUUUUAUUGUAAUGGAACAGGUUAUACUGAUCUGAUGUAAAGCUUUAAUACCCUGAGGUUUCAGAUGAAAUGAAGAUGAGCUUUUGUCUAACUUCUGUAGACAGGAGAAGAGUUUGUGCGUAACAGAUGUGUGUGCCUUUUUUGUUAUAGUUUUUCCAUAGUGUUGCUGUUUUAUUAUUUCAAAGAGUGCUUAUUAGUGUUACACAAUGCUUUCCCCCUCCCUUUGCACAGUUAUGCAUUUACAGUGACUUUACAGAAAUACAAUUUAAUAGUAGUGCACUGUAUGUAUCCUGGCUACAGUCCACUAGAAAACUGAGCAAGUCUUAUUGUUAAAGGUGAGCUGUUAGCAAAUGUAUUUAGCUGUUAUUACAGCAUGCAUACACACGCAUCAUAAUAGAAAAACAAAGGCUCCAGUGUGCAUAUAGUGAGGUAACAGGAAAUUAACUAAGCAUGAGAAAGUGCUGUGAAAGAGCUAUUUCACUUAAUCCCACCCACUUGGGAAGUGCCUGCUCAGCAGAGAAACAACUGUCAUGGAUGCAUUUGCAAAGCAAUUUGAGAAACAUUCCAAUAAAGUGCCAAAACAAAUUUUCACUUCAAACAUAUUACUCUAAGGAGCUUGGAAAGAAAAACGACUCAAGGAUGGUCGUUCACCAUGGACAUAGAUGGCGUCUUUCACUCCUCUUUCAAGCCAUCUGUCUUCAAGAACCCUAAAGAACUCCAGUCGUGUUUCUUUCACAGCUGCUUAGAUCGCCAUGACGUGGAUGACUGAGAACCUACACAGACAAACAUAAUACUGUAUUUAUAUUUUUAACACUGCCAUUUAUGUGUGGAAAUAAAUUUGUGUGAAUAUAA